AUUUCCUUCGCUUUCUUACCGUUUUAUAAAUUGAUAUGAUGAUUUUAGUGUUACAUUUUUAGAAGCAUUAUUAGUGGGCUCCGACACUUAAUGGCUGAGGAAGAAACCGGAAAUGUGCUCAGAUGAGAGAGAGAAGCAAUAUUAACUGUAUAUAUUUUUUGUUGGGAAUAUAUAGUACUUAUCUCAUCCUUUCCUAAUAAAAUUAUUUCGAUUUUCUUUAUCAAAAUAUCUACGGAAAUAUUAUUUCAGUAUGCUACUUCAGCUCGCUGUUUCCACGUGACCCAAACUGAAGCGCAUUCCCUCUCUUUAUACGUUUAUAUUAAAAAGGGGAGGAAUAGUUGACAAUUAUAACUAUAAAGAUAUAAAUAAUCUACGUAUAACCGUGGGAUAAUUUAACUAUUUAUGAUAAGUCAACAGCGGCCGUGUGAAUCCAAGUCGGUAGAAAGCCGAUCUGAGCGACCAACUAUAAAUCCACCACUCGUGUGAUCAUGCCUUCAUUGCUCCACUGAACGGCAUCACUGCAGUGUCUUUGUGUCUGUCUGUUUGAUUUAUCAUACAUUAAACUUUAGUUGACAUAGUGGUGUUGUGUGUACAAUGGAUUCUCAGCAGUUUCGUGAAUUCGGAAAGGCAGCUAUUGACCUGGUGGCCGACUAUUUGGAUAAUAUUAGAAAACUAGAUGUUUUGCCUUCAGUGGAGCCUGGAUAUCUGCUGAAAGCCCUCCCAGAAGAUGCACCAGAAGAGCCUGAGGAUUGGCAAGACGUAUUGAAAGAUUUUAGCACAAAUAUCGUACCUGGCGUAACACACUGGCAUUCUCCAAGAUUCCAUGCGUUUUAUCCCACUGGAUCAUCAUACCCAAGUCUGGUGGGUAAUAUCCUCAGCGAUGGCCUGGGAGUUAUUGGUUUCAGUUGGAUGUCCAGUCCAGCGUGUACGGAAUUGGAAGUGGUGACGCUGAACUGGUUGGGCAAGCUGCUCGGACUACCUGAAGAAUUCCUCAACUGCUCCAAGGGCCCGGGCGGCGGAGUUAUUCAGGGAUCCGCAAGUGAAGCAACCUUAGUUGGAUUGCUUGUCGCUAAAGAAAAAACUGUCCGUAAAUUAUUGAAAAAUAAUCCAAGCCUUGACGAAGGUGUCAUUAAAUCUAAGCUGAUUGCGUACACUUCAGACCAAUGUAAUUCAUCAGUAGAAAAGGCAGGAUUACUUGGGUCUAUGAAAAUGAGAUUAUUGAAAGCUGACGCAGACGGACGACUUCGCGGCGAAACAUUGAAAGCUGCAUUAGAAGACGACAGAGCCCGGGGUUUAAUACCUUGCUAUGUGGUCGCAAACCUCGGCACCACGGGCACUUGCGCCUUCGAUCCAUUAUAUGAAUUAGGUCCAAUAUGUAAUGAAGCUGAUGUAUGGCUUCACGUCGACGCCGCCUACGCCGGCACUGCCUUCAUCUGCCCAGAGUACCGACAUCUCAUGAGAGGGGUAGAGUACGCUGAUUCCUUUGAUGUUAACGCUCACAAAUGGAUGCAAGUACAUUUUGACUGUUCGGCUAUGUGGGUGAAAAAUGGUUACGAUCUUAUCAAUACCUUCGACGUCCAGCGCAUCUACUUGGACGAUGUCAAAACAGAUAUCAAAAUACCAGAUUACAGACACUGGCAAAUGCCAUUGGGCCGUAGAUUCAGGGCUUUAAAGUUAUGGACUGUUUUAAGGAUAAAUGGUGCUGAGGGAAUACGGAGUCACAUUCGUAACCAAAUCAACCUCGCCCAGUACUUUGCUAAAUUGGUCCAAAACGACGAUCGAUUUAUCGUUGAGCCUGAGCCAUCGAUGGGUCUCGUUUGUUUCAGAUUAAAGGAUGGUGAUGUCAUCACUAAGAGAUUACUGGAAAAUCUUACAGAGAAAAAGCAGAUCUAUAUGGUAGCCGCCACAUAUCGAGGCAGAUAUAUCAUUCGGUUUGUAAUCUGUUCACGCCUAACAACAACAGAGGACGUCGAGUUUAGUUUUAGUAAGAUAAAAGAAGAAGCUGAUCAGAUUUGUAAACAUAAUGUGCACACAAAAACUCAAAUAUCUGCAAUUAAUCUUGAAGAGACAGUAAGUGUGUGCGAGAAAUCAAAGUAAUUUGUAGUAUUAUUUUAUUAGAUAGUAAAAAAAUGUUUGCAAUGUAGGUACUUACUUAUUAAUUAUUAAUAUCAUAAUUUAAUUUAAAUUAUGGGUACACCAUUAAAUAGCAGUACCUUUGGAAAGGCGGAAUAUCCUAUGUAGUUCAGAAAUGAAUUUCAAGGUUUAUUAAAUUACCCCAUAGUAAGUUCGAGACAACACUACAUUUUAAAUUUAAUACUACAUACUAAACUUGAAAAUUAUUUUUCAAGUUUAGGUUCAAUCCAUGGAACUAGUACUUAGGUACUCAUACGACAAAUAUAUUAUUUUCAUACUAUUUGUCGCUAUCACAGGGCUCAAGCUAUGUCGUAAUGAUCCAUACCAAAGUGCGCGGGGCCCAUCUAAUCUAUGGUCCAUACAAGUUUAGCCGAGAGCUGUUUACAAACUGUACCUACCUACUUUUUUGUUAUAUGGAUACCUAACAGCUAAACGAAAAAAUAAAUACAAACAUUAUACCAACUUAUUUAUUUUCAACCAGUCUCCUUAAAUUAUACUUAAAAAAUCAUUUUACCUUUAUUACUAGACUAACAAUUUUAUACGCAAGUGCACGUUUUGCUAACACAAAGUCCAUAAGAGUAUCCUUUGGGCAAACAGUGUUCUUGGCACAUAAAAUCCUCAAUGGGUUCUUCAUCCUGGUUGUCACACGCCACACGAUGGAUUCCCUGUGAUGGAAUUUCUGGAAUUCGAUACAAGUAUACUUUAAUUUUUACUUAAUGUGAUGCUAUCACCCUGCCUGUUCUAUAGGUUGACAUUAAGGUCAAUAUAUAAAAAAAUAACGAUGCGUAUAAUGUGAUUUAGGUAGGUUGGGUACUUCACACUUUUGCCGUUAGUCAACGACGACUCACAAAAGAAGUGUCUGUGAGAAGACUUGGCGUAGGUAGGUAUGUCCGAAAUUUAUUAUUCCUACUUAGUAAUAAACUAGGUACCUAAA